UAGACACAGGACAGACAUUAUUUUAUAAUUUCAUAUUUUGUGUAUUUAUAUUGAACUGUGACGAAAGACACAGUGGAAAUGAAACCAAACACAUGGAAAGAGAAACGGCAACACAUGGUCAAAAGUCAUAUUAGUUUAGAAGCCGUGUAUUCCUAUGUGAAACAUUACGAAUAUCCGCCAGGCACAAGCGAUUUGGAUAAAAGAUCAAUUCGAAAAAGGGCCAAAUCAUUUACUUUUCUGGACAAUCAUUUCGUUUAUAUUCCUGAAAAAUCUCAAAAGACAUUAGAUGAUGGGACUGAAAUCAACAUUGAACCGCGUCGAGUUCUGCUCAAAGAUGAGAAGCGACGCCAAGCAGUGUGGGAAGCGCACGUCGAUGAACAUGGAACCCACCUGGGCAUGGAGAAGACGACAUCAGCGGUAUCGAAGACAUAUUACUGGAUGGGCAUCUCGAGUCUGGUGCGAGAGAUCAUCCGGGAUUGUGCAGUGUGUAGAGCGUCCAAGGCUGCUUGUGGUACAACCGUCAGCAUGCCAAUACUGACGUCAGAAAUUAAGUUGGAAGUGGAAUGUGCUCCUAGUAACGAAGAUUUUGAACCGUUUGUGCCUUUCCACAGUAUGCGCAUAGAGACUGCCACAUCUUUUUGGCAAAAGGUGGAACUUCAGAUUCUUGGCCCGUUUAGUCAAGGCAAGUCGAAGAUGUUCGCAGUCUUGUGUCUUGAUCGUUACUCGUUGUGGACGGAGGGAGCCGUUAUUCCAACCAUUUCCUCGGCCACUGUCACCCAUGUUGUUCUUAACCUGAUAUGCAGAUUUGGCAGUAUGCAGUCUCUACUACUGCGGGAGAAUGAUACUGCUAACCGCAAUACGGUGGAGAUACGGGAAGACUUGUUUGAGAAAGCUGGGCUGGAUGUCAAACUGACUGUGGACAAUUCCGCAGAAACAGCUAACAUGUGGAAGAGCAUUGAGCAUCAAGUGAAGACGUUCACAGAACAACAUCCAACAUGUUGGAGUCAGUGCUUAGAUCUGUGUCUUCUUCCACUGCGUAUAUCACGGCCAGACAUGGUGGAAUAUACACCAGACUUUCUCAUAUAUAACAGAGAGAUUGCAUUACCCCCAAGUUUGUCUCACCGGCCAGAAAACUUUGACAUGGAGUUACAUCUGAACCCGGAGCAGAUGACUGAGACCACUGAAGUAUUAAUGAACAUUUACAAUGGCUUUUGUCUUUCCUUCCCUUACUACAUACCAAAGUUAACCCUCGCUCGCCAAAUUCCGAACACUGCUGGUGCUGUGCCAAAAACAAAUAUAGUCACCCCUUGUACCCCAGCAACAACUACUACUACUACUACUGCUGCUGGUUGUGGAGUCACUCCAGAUGUAUCCUCAACAAACACUGUGUCAGUUGAAGCAUCUACAACAGUCAUGGAAACUGCAACAGUCGCAGCUGCUACAACACACACAGAAGCUACUACAGUCACGACAGCUACAACAAUUACUGCUACAACAACCAGCACAGGAGAAGCAACAGCAACAGCAGCAUCGGCACAAGUGAAGUCGACAACUGUGCCCACAUCUGACCAAACUGAGACUGUUGGUAGAAAUCGUGGGAAGGACAAGAGUGUUGCCGUUGGGCAGAUUUCACCACGGAAAGUCGUGACUCGAUCAGGUCGCGUUUCCAUUCCAACCCCUGGGAUGGUCUCUCUUCUGACCAACAGUCGCCUGUUGAGUGGCAAGGACACGCGUAACAAAUCCACGGCAAAGUGUGUCAAUGUUGAUGGUGAUGGUGCUGUUGAUGAUGAUGCUGAUAGUGCUGCUGUUGAUGAUGAUGAUGAUGAUGUUCCUGAUGAAGACUAUGUCCCACUGUCAAAGAAAACUCGAUCUGGGAGAUUGCCAAAAGAAAAGAAAGCUCAAUUAACAAGUGGGAGUAAAAAAUCAGCAGUUGGCAGACCUAGAGUUUCCAGUUCCAAGAUAGAAAAAGAAAAGAUGGUUGCACAAGAAACAGGCUCCUUUGAUUUUCUAGAUAAGAUGGAAGAUCUUGACACAUAUUAUGCAGCGCUGAAACAGUACAUUAAGUUGGGAACAUACCAGUCUGGCACAACCAUUCACCAGAAACGAGUCAUUCGCAAGAUUUCAAAGAAUUACGUUGUCGAUGAUGAUGUCAUGUACUAUGUUCAGGAGAGCAAGGGCAAGGCCACAAAGAAAAUGGUUGUCAUGACGAUGUCAGAGAGGAUAGAUCUCCUUAGAUCUGCUCAUGUGUUGGAUGAUGGUAGCCACGUGUGUAAGCAGAAGAUCGUGGAGACGCUGGACCAGCAGACUAAGUACUGGAAGGGCCUGACCCUGGACGCGUACGCGUUCACCCGGGCGUGUCAGACGUGCGACCAUGGCCGUGAGCGACUGCGAGAUUACAGCUACCUCAAGGACGAGGAAGAGGAUGAGGAAGAGGAGGAUGAUGGAGAGCAUUCAUCGGAGGAAGAUGGUGGCCAGGAGGAGAGUUAUGAUGACCUGGUGAAUUACAUGAGGCACCGCCGCUACCCACGGAAUAGCACGCCCAACCAGAAGAGCACCAUUCGCAAACGCAGCAAGAACUUCGCCUUUAUCGAUGACGAGCUGUUCUACGUGUUCAGCAAGUCGAGUGACGCACCUCCACGCAAAGUGAUCCUCACAGAGGCCGAGAGGCAGGCCGUCAUCAAGGAGGCUCAUUCAGCCCACCACUGGGGGAUCAACAAGACGAUGGUGAAUGCCCGGGACAAUGGCUACUGGUCGGGGAUGACCGCAGACUGCCACAACUACCUCAAGAAAUGCAAACACUGCUCACACAGGCUGCUCACAUCGUCCAUGCAGGACGAAAUCAAGAAAAAGAAGAUGCGCAUAGAGGAACGCGUCAAGAGGUUCCAGGAAAUGUUUGUAGCUAAGAUACUUGAAAUGGACAGCAAAGCAAGAAAGUCAACUCCGGUGAUUUCGGUGAAAGUGGAAAGGGAUUCCACUGAUCAGGGUGCCACAGGUCAAGGUGGAACAUACCACACAGAAGAAAGAACACAAUCGGAACACAUGGCUCCUGGUGAACAGACGCCUCUCCCUGCUGAUCAGAUGGCUCCCUCUAGUGACAAAACUACUUCCUCCAUUGAACAGACAACUCCAUCUGACAACACAGUCCCAGACGAUGUUGAACACACAUAUUCAGUCAUACAGCGAUCUGAUUCUGGUACGUUGACUUUGAGCACGAGUCCAGCAAUGACUGGCGACCAGACUGUAGCAGAUGGUGACCAGUUAGUGACGUCGGCGACCGGUAAAAUGAAACAGACUUUGGUAGACUCUGCAGCAGACAUCAUUGUGGAGACUGACGACGGGCAGUUUGUGAUAGAGAAUGACUAUGUCCGUCUACUUCCCACUGGGACCCAGGGACAUGGGCAGUCAUUGAAGCUAGAAGAAGGGGUCGAAAUAACAGUAAUGUACGACAACGAACACUUCAUACAGGCCGCUGGGGACCCGAAUGAUGCAAGUGAAGGAACAUCCAGCCAACAGGUACAUAUGUUUGUUAAUCACACCAAUGCAGCACAACAGACAAAGGUGGGUGUGAAGCCAUCAAAGAAACAGAAAUUCAAGUGUGACUACUGUGGUAAAAUCAUCAAAGGAACCAUCUCGUUCAAAUAUCAUAUUUUCAAACAUACAGGAGUAAAACCGUUUGAGUGUGAACUCUGUCCAAAGAAGUUUACCAACAGCAAGAGUUGUCGACUUCACAUGAGAAAACAUACGGGAGAAACUCCAUUUUUGUGUAAUUUAUGCGGCAGGGGGUUUAGCCGAGCUGCGUCACUCCAGUAUCACCUGCGGGCGCACUCUGCCGGUGGGGGCGUCCCGGUACAGUGUAAUGUUUGUCAGCGGGAAUUCACCACAGCGAUUCGGAUGAGGAAACACAUGGAGUGUAAACAUCCAGAGACUCCGCCCAUAUUCCAGUGUCUCCAGUGUAACAAGUUCUUCACGGCAGCCAGAAGCCUGAAGCGACACCAGGCCUCACAUCAGGGCGUGCGCCAGUACCAGUGUCAGAUCUGCGGCCGGAGUUUCUUCCGCAAGGAGUACCUCAACAGCCACAUGCUGCAACACCCCGAGGCUGGAUCCAUGGUGACGUCGAAAUCCAAGUCGCACCGGAAGAAAUCCCAGCUGACCGUGAGUUACGAGACGACGUCACAGGGUCUACACCAGGGAGUGGAAGCCGAGGACGGACAACAGCAGCAGCAACAGCAACAGCAGCACUACCAGUGUCAUUACUGCGGCCAGACAUUCUACCGCAAGGACUUCCUCAGCAGCCACAUGCUGCAGCAUCCCGAAGCCGGGUCCAUCGUGAUCAUCGCGGCCAACGGACAGACGAAGAAAGCCGAGAUGGCUCUGUCAUACGAUGGCCACCAGUUCGGUCACGACACACAGGAGCUACAGCGGCAGCAGGCGGAGGAGGCGGCUCAGGAGCAGGCGAUUCGGUCGAUCGUGCAGAUUGACGCCACACCCACCCCGGAAUCCACUGCAUACGUUCUGUCUCAGGAUGCGGUCGAGUACGAGGUGGAGUGUCUGACGAGCGAGUCGCUCACCGAGGCCGAUCUCAAGGCUAUACAGAUCCUCACACAGGCCAGUCUGCACGGAACUAUGUGAUAGAUAAUCGGGGACAUGUUAAAAUAACAAUCUCUCGGCUCAACAUAAGCUUAUUGUGACCAGGCAUUGGAUUUUCAAAGCUGUUUUAGCACUACAAUCUCAAGGCCAUAUAGAUCCUGACACAGGCCAGUCUGCACGGAACUUUGUGAUAGGACAAUCGUAGGCGUGUUGAAACAACAAUAAACUACAAACACAAUUAUGGCACUUUUUGACAGACCAAUGUGUUGGAUGGUAGCCCAGUGGUAAAACUCUUGCCUGAUGCACGGUUGAUCUAUGAUCGAACCCCGUCAGUGGGACCAUUGGGUGAUUUCUCAUUCCAGCCAGUACACCACGACUGGUAUAUUAAAGGUCGU